ACCAACGCCAAGUCCAACGAUCCCAAAUGGCCUCUUCUUCUCUCCUCGCUCUCCACAUACUCUUCCUCACGUCGCUCAUCGUGGCCUCCAUCUCCACGUCCGCCGCCUCGGCCGUCGGCGGCGACGGGCUCGCCUGGGUGGCUGCAGCCGCCUCCUCCGGGCUUGGCCCGUGCCGGGGGUCGGUCGCUGAGUGCAUGGCCGAUCAGGACGGCGAGUUCGCCAUGGACACGGAGGUGAACCGGCGGGUGCUGGCCACGACGCAGUACAUAAGCUACGGGGCGCUGCAGCGGAACACGGUCCCGUGCUCCCAGCGGGGCGCCUCCUACUACAACUGCCAGCAGGGGGCGCAGGCCAACCCUUACAGCCGGUCGUGCUCCGCCGUGACGCAGUGUCGCAGCUAAGAGAAGCGGUGCGAACCCAUUGUCGAUCUAGCUGUUCGAUCUUCUUGGUUCCCUCUGCUCAACCAACCUACUCUAUCUGUCUAUCUAUCCUGCGAUGUACGUGAUGGACAAGACAAUGCCGUCAUGUCGCUCUCGUUGAGGAAUGACGCGCCUAUGUUCUUGUUCUA